GGCCAUAAAACCCGCCACCCAGCAACAUCCCCCCGGGACCGGGCCGCUCGGCCGCAGGAUGGGGACCAGCUCGGGAGACCUGCUGCAGCCCCAGAAUGGCGACACGGCUCCCGACGGCACUCCGGCCGGCCCCGAGCGGCCCCGUGGGAAGGAGCCGCCGCCACUGCCGGCGCGCAGGGGCCCUGCGACAGACACCGGCCGCCCUGGGCCGGGCAGGAAGGGCUUCGAUAUGAUCUACAAGAUCGAGGACGUGCCCCCCUGGUACCUCUGCGUUCUGCUCGGCUUCCAGCACUACCUGACCUGCUUCAGCGGCACCAUCGCCGUGCCCUUCCUGCUGGCCGAGAGCAUGUGCGUGGGCAAGGACCAGUUCGCCGUGAGCCAGCUCAUCGGCACCAUCUUCACCUGUGUUGGCAUCACCACACUGGUGCAGACCACCGUGGGCAUCAGGCUGCCCCUGUUCCAGGCGAGCGCUCUGGCCUUCCUCGUCCCCGCCAAAUCCAUCCUGGCCCUGGAGAAGUGGAAGUGCCCGCCGGAGGAGCAGAUCUAUGGCAACUGGGCCUUGCCGCUGAACACCUCCCACAUCUGGCAGCCGAGGAUGAGAGAGAUCCAAGGAGCCAUCAUCGUGUCCAGCCUGGUGGAGGUGGCCAUCGGGCUGCUGGGGCUCCCCGGGGCGCUGCUCAGCUACAUCGGCCCGCUCACCGUCACCCCCACGGUGUCGCUCAUCGGGCUCUCGGUCUUCCAGGCGGCCAGCGAGCGGGCAGGAUCACACUGGGGCAUCGCGGCGUUGUCCAUCUUCCUGAUCGUGCUAUUUGCCCAGUACCUGCGAAAUGUCACCCUCCGCCUGCCCGGCUACUGCUGGGGCAGAGGCUUCGUCCUGCUCCGCGUGCAGAUCUUCAAGAUGUUCCCGAUCAUCCUGGCCAUCACGGUGAUGUGGCUGCUCUGCUACCUGCUGACACGUGCCGACAUCUUCCCCAGCCAGCCCGAGGCCUACGGCUACAAGGCGCGGACGGACGCGCGGGGCGAGAUCCUCUCCGUGGCGCCCUGGUUCCGCGUCCCCUACCCGUGUCAGUGGGGCCUGCCCACGGUGACCGCCGCGGCCGUGCUGGGCAUGUUCAGCGCCACGCUGGCGGGCAUCAUUGAGUCCAUCGGGGACUACUACUCCUGCGCCCGGCUGGCGGGAGCACCGGCCCCUCCUGUGCACGCCAUCAACAGGGGCAUUUUCACAGAAGGGAUCUCCUGCAUCAUAGCCGGGCUGCUGGGAACAGGCAACGGCUCCACCUCCUCCAGCCCCAACAUCGGCGUCCUGGGCAUCACGAAGGUGGGAAGCAGAAGAGUGAUACAGUACGGAGCUGGGAUCAUGCUCGUUUUAGGAACCAUCGGCAAGUUCACCGCUCUGUUUGCCUCGCUCCCAGACCCGAUCCUCGGAGGGAUGUUCUGCACGUUAUUCGGCAUGAUCACAGCUGUUGGCCUUUCCAACCUGCAGUUCGUUGACAUGAACUCCUCCCGCAACCUUUUUGUGCUGGGAUUUGCCAUGUUUUUUGGGCUGACGCUGCCAAACUACUUGGAUUCUCAACCCAAUGCCAUCGACACAGGUGUCCCCGAACUGGACCAAAUAUUGACGGUGCUAUUAACAACGGAGAUGUUUGUUGGGGGGACCAUUGCCUUCAUACUGGACAACACCAUUCCAGGGACACAAGAGGAGCGGGGCCUGGUUCAGUGGAAGGCCGGAGCGCACUCGGACAGCACAACAGCAGCAAGCUUGAAAAGCUACGAUUUUCCUUUUGGGAUGAACGUUGUGAGAAGAAUCUGGUGGCUGAAGUACGUGCCAAUUUGCCCAGGCUUCCGAGGAUUUAACUUGAGAACAAAGAGAAAUUGUGAUUCAACCGAAAACAUGCAAGAUAACACAGACAACCUCUCUGUAUGUACGAAGGUCUGAACAUAGGGUAGGAUGAACACCUUCUCCUGGACUGCCUCCAGUCUCACAUCUCAGUUCUCCCACAGGUUGCUAAAGGCAGGUCAGGGUAGAAAAGCCAAGCCAAACUCCUGAGAGGGACCAGUGUAGAGCUCCCCCCAGGUCACAUCAGAGCAGCAUUGCUGCAGGGUUUCUAGAACCCAUCAAGUCCAAAGCCAAGGCUGCUUCUGCUCGUCUCCAAAGUAAGACUAGGGACAUUCAAUUGCUUUUUGGGAACAUCAUUAGCCUGUUUGAGCUAAAAGCAGAGCACAAACCCCACAGUGAGAACUCCUACAAAUAGUAGAGCACCCCAGGUACCGGCUUCAGAACAACCACCACUGUGUAAUUUCAAACUCAAGCUUAAACUGGUUUAAGACUUGUUCAAAGCUUUGAUGAAGGUCAUUAACUAUGGUCAGAGCUAGCUAGAACUUGCAAGGCCACUAGUACCAGCUAGAAUGAUGAAUAGUCACCCAGGGCCAAGAGCUUUCAUGCAAUACCCUUGACUUCAGCAAGGUUACUCCGUGGACUAAGUUGGCUCUGUGCAGAGCACGGUAUUCAGACCAACCACUAUAGAGCAUUAGUAUGUCUACUUUAAGAUUAUGCAUUAAAAAAAAAAAAAAAGCCUCUUUGCCACAUCUGUUUUCACUGGUUUCUCCUGGAUCAUUUCCUCAUCCCUUCUGCAUUUCUGAAGGCUUCAGAAGCUUACAGAUGGGGACUGCUGCACAGCAUAGCUCACAGCAGACAUUCUCUCUUCUAGACUGCCAAACACGAAGACACACAACACAGCUGAAGUUCGUUCAGUCCUAGCUGACCCUCAUUUUUCAGUGAGCUUCUCUCUGAACUCUGAUACAGAGGGUGAGGUGGAAAGCAAGAGCUUCUGGCAAACCAGUUCUGCCCUGAGGAUGCCAGCAAGUUGGCUCUAUCCCCAGCCGCUCCAGUUAAGCACUGCCUCAUGACUUGAGCAGCCAGACAGUUUUCAGUAGUAUGCACAAAAGACAGCUGAUGGCCUCAACACAAAGGCUAACAGAAUCAAGCCCGUUUUCUGCAGUGGCUCUGACUUGUGGGAGUUAGCAACAAAACCCAAAGCCAAAACAAGCACUGUAUUAACCCAUUCUAGUCUGCUAGCACUAGGCAGGAAACAAUUCAUACCUAGGAACCCCUAAAAAAAAAAAAUGCUCACUGCUCCGGUUUUACUGCACGGAUUCCAGUACAGGAACAGAUACAGGGGUCAUGCAAAACACCUCAUUAAGCAGACUGCUCCUGCAGAAGAAAGGCACCUUCCUAUUUAACAUCUUAUUUGUGACCUACAAAGGAGAUCUCCAUAGACACCACCAUCACUCUUACUAAGUUCACCUCUUUAAUAAACCUCUCCAUAUUAUACGGUUAGCUAGGAUGGGGCAGCAAAGAAGCAUGAGAAGAUUGGCUGUUUCGCAACUAGCUGGCUCCUGGCUGAGGCAUUUGGUUGCCAGUCAUCCCAAGAUAAUCACAUCUGGGCUAAAAACUCCAAGAGGAAGUUCACUGCAAGGGCCUAUCUAAGGAUUGCUGGGGGCCAUGAAAUGCAUUCAACAUGCAACUUACCCACAUCUCCCUGUAGCUCUGUCAAGUUUAUGCAGGCAAGAACAGUCAUUCAGAGUGCCCCAGCUCCAGCAGCUAUACUGUGCCAAAGCCUCUGAAAGCAUGUUUCAGGGCUGUGGGCUUUAUAUAGUGCCAUCAGCUGUUAACUAGGACUUCCUGUGCUGCCAGAAGCAGUGGAGCUGAACUAGCAUUAGCAGCAGCGAGGAAUAACAUUUUAGCAAACCACACUGAGGGAAACCACAUAAAGCAGCAAGACUUCAUAGGGGAAAAAAGGAGUAGUCACAGCCCAAUCUCAGAUUGCUAUUUUGGAUGAGCUUGUUACAAGCAGCACCAUAGGCACCAUAUCUGACAUGAAGCAUUAACAUUACCCCUUAUCUCCUCAUGUUGCCAAAUGAGGGUUGCCAUGUAAGAUGCAUAUUCAUGAGACAGUCACAAGUCAGUUCUACUAUUAUUUAUUUUUUUAAAUAUUUUUGAAAAAAUAUAAUUUUUUUACAAUAUUUUCAACUUAAACACUAUUCACACUGAACACGUAUGGCAGCUUAACCUACCCAAAUAUGAAGUUUAAGAAGCCAAAACUGUUCUAGCUUUAUUAAAAGAAAAAAAGUUGUUGUGCUGUAGACUAUUGUGUAGUGAUGAUUAAACAAAGCAAGGGAAAAGCACCACUCAAAUCACUAAUGCUAGGGUUUUCUUGGUUAAAUCCAGCUAUAUUAAAGUUGUAUGCUAAAAGUUACAUAGACAGUGCUAUGUAUCUGGGUUCUUGGAAGAAACUGUGAUGAAACUCACAUCUCCUUUAAUGUAAUUAGGAAGUGAAACAUUUCUAACAUGAUAACAUACUGUAAAUAUAGGAAAUUUCUUCCUUCCAAUCACUCGGAUGUUAGUUCAGUAGCUGAGAUCUAAGACUCUGUACAGGUCUGUAAAAUUUCUGUUAAAGCUCAUGCUGCUUUUAAGCAGCAUGAAGUUUUUUUAAGGGGAAAAAUUAACAUUAAUAACAAUACUGAUAUUUCAAAGGAAAGUUAGCUAAUUUGCAUAACAAUCAGAUAACCUUGCUUUCAUUUUAAAGUUAAGGCAUUAUCAGGUGCAAACUAGCACCAGUUAACACAUCUUUAGCUAAAAACAGACCAUCCUUAGCAAAUUCCAAGUCCUAUUAAAAAGACAGAGUCUGCAGAAGUUUU